AGUGUACAAAAAAGUAGAGUUGCUCCCGUUUUUCGGUCAAACCGACGAGUUUGCCUUCGGAGCCGGUGUUAGUGGCAGUGUUCUAGUGCGAUCUUCGUGUGUGUCCCGCGUGCGUUCGGUGGUGAGCUGGUUAAUCAUGAAAUCAUCCAUGGCCAUUACGAAAAGCGCGGCAUUUCGUUUCAUGCUGCUCCUGCAUUUAUUUUUGAAAGUGAAAAUGUGUGUCGGCUUCGUCGAUGCGGCCGCUCUGAGCCACGCCGGUGACAGUGACAUUAAUUAUGACGACAGCGACGAAUGGCUGGGGGCAAUGGGGAAAGGCCACGGGGAGCAUGUUGGUAGUAGAGUGGAAGCGAAACGAGCCAGUGGCGACGAUUUACUUACCUGGGAUGCACCGCCGGCGUCAUCCAACGGCUUUCUGGCCUGGCGGAAUGACCGGGCCAGACUGCCUCACGUCAGGCACGAGAGGCACUAUGUAAGGCAUCGGCCCCACGAGGUAGAUCUACAGGACGUGGUCAUGGAACCAGGAUCGUUUCAAGCUCACACGGUCACCACAUCCACCGUGACUGGGUCGGAACGACAGGAAAAAUCUCGCCAUUCGCAACAUCACGCGAAGCACCAUCACCAUAAGCAUCAUCGAAAGCCUGUCCUUGGGUCACCCAGAGGAGAAGAAUUGAGUUUACUUACUACCAAGCAUGGUUCUACGGUGAGGUGGAUUUCGCAAUCAGACGAACGAAGAGAUCUUUUCGAUCCGGCAAGCUCGAGAGAUGCCUCAGAUGCCGUGAGUGAAGCGCGUGAAGCACAAGAUCGUCAAGUGAUACUAAACAGGAAACGUUCGGCAUCCUCCUUCCACUCGGUGGCAUCGAAUUCGCUCACAGAAACGGGAUCCAAUAGCAGGGGCCCGUCCGUCGGAGGACGCGUCCUGAAAGCGACGCAAAAGUCCGUAAAUCCUCAGAGCAAAUACUACUUCGAGGAGUUGUUGAACAACUAUAAAAAGAAAUCCCCACUCUACAAGGAACAUCAGCCGAGAAGCCCCCAAACGAAGGCCCUCGUGCUUGGAACCCAGAAGAACCAUCGAAGUUCAUCCGAAGGCGCGAAAAGCGUUUCAAAAUCGAAAACUCCCCCCAACGACAGUGGUGACCUCGAUUAUCUCUACGACGAUGAAUCCGAUGGGAGCGUACAAAACGAUGCUCCGUCUGGCGGCUCAGUGUCUACGAGCACAAGGGCUCCGACGACCAGUACCACGACUACGACGACCACGACCACUCCACGGAGCUUGCUAUCCUUCGCCGAUUCAGACGAAUCGAGUGGGAGCGGUACGAGUGACGGCCGGUCUGAUGGCGAUACGGACUACAGCAAGCAAAUCCAGACAGCGUACGCUAUGCCGAAAUAUCCUCGCAAGAGUGGUAACAAUCGGUACAGCAGUAGCAGCAGCAUCGCAAGGCUUGCACCUGCCAGCUCCAGUGAUCAGCAGUAUAGACCACCCGCUGGCCGCAGUGAUAGAACCGAUCCGGCUAAACAAGUGAACCUUCCGAGACAGUACGAGACACUCACAGAAUUCAAGCAAGCAAAUUUUGGAUCGAAAGAUGCAGUCGAACGAUCGUACACCGCGUACAGCAACCCCAUAUACGCCAAAAAGCAGGCGGAUAUCCACAUGAACCGCAUAAUUAAAGAGGGCUGGUGCAAGAUUCCUAAACCGAAGCUGGUACCCGCUUCAAUGGAUCGGACGAAGGUGUUCAAGCCACAUCGUACCAUUCUGCAUCGCUGUGAAGAUGAUACGGGUUGUUGCAUGCCGCCGAAAACAUGCGUCCCGAAGUCCACGAGCGUUGUCCAGCUGUACUUCUAUGUAAGUUGUGUGAGUAGCGUCAGAUCUAGACGACCCACUAAGGACGAGGUGGUCCUGCUGAGCUUCACCAAUCACACCGAGUGUCAUUGCGCGGAUCAGCAACACCAUAGGUCCCUGUUCCAGGAUCCCGUGGAACAGAGUUCUGAGGGAAGCAAAGAUGAUGGCGACACAGCCACCACCAACAGCUGCCAUUGUCCACGGCACUUUAAAUCCGUCAGCAUUGAAGAUUCGCAGUGCUAUUGCGAUUGUGUAUCUACCGAUCAAGAGUGCAUUCGCUUCAAGCAGGGUUUCGAGAGCUUUUCCAUGGAAACGCGAAAAUGCAUUCGGAGUAAAAAGUGCACCGUUCCCUACUGCGAGUACGGAAUGUUCAACCUACACGAGGGUAGGUGCCCCAAGAAGUCCGAUCGGAUAAACGAACAUUUUCGGUUCCGGUGAAGAGGAUUUUGGAAAUCCAUCCGCGGGAGCUCUCAUGCGGGAUCCGCGAGUAGCAGCUGAACAGGAAGGAUCAGCAACGUUACCAUACACGUCUGAGGUACACUUCGCAUCCGUGCAACUGAGGUACGGGCUAUGAAUGUGUUUGUGUGUGUGUUUUUCUUCUUAUCAACGAAGGUUCCAUUUUGCAUCUUCCGCGGGCCAAUUGUGGUCAGUGAGUAGUUCUACCUGGGUUGCGAAAUUUGACAUUCAUCACAAUUAAUCGAUGAAGUGCGCGUCUUAAUGGAGCAUACUUUCUUAGAAUACGAAUGCCGCUUGAAGGGCUUCGCGCACGUGUCUGGUAAGGCUAUGUGCUCUUUAUACAGGUGUAUUAAUCGUGUAUUUAUGCCAGCAAGUAGAAUCCACUACAUUUACCACCCAGCUGCUGUUUAGAAAACAUCACAACUUAGUCUUAGUUGCGCACACAAUUUCCAGCACACAAACGUCCCAUCCCUGUGUUGUGGGCCGAUGUAAUUCGGCCCUCUCGACCAUCCAGAGAAGAACAGUAAUCGACAAUCUGGGAAGCAUUUGCAGCAUUCGGAAGCUCCCAUUCAUUGUACGGUAGCUAAGCAAGGUUACGAACGAUUUAGCAGUUAAAUAGAGGAAUUAUAUUUGCUCGCGGUUAUGUAGUUGAGUUUAGCGUGGCCCGUGCUUUAAUCGAGUAUAUUUGUACAUAGCGAGGUGCCAUCAGUAGAAAGGACAUAGCCUUGCUUUCACCAAACCUUUCCUAUCCUACUCGGGGUGCGUUAAUGUUCGUCUCUUACGGCCAAUCCCCGGGUGUUGUUAAAUGAACAUUUUCCCUUCCGUAUCUGCCAACCAUCGAGCUUAUUCCAAUGCCCUCCGCACUGCUAUGUUAAGCUCAAAGGGAUCCGAUUUAUUUACAGCAGCCAACGGAGAACCGCGCGAGUUUAAUUGAAGUGAGUGUUAAGCAUAGAUGGCUACUUAGAACAAAUGCACCGCAAACGAGCGAAACAACGGUGGAGCCAAUCAAAGCCUAGCCUUAAGUUUGUCGCUUAAAUUAAACGUUAAGGAUAGAUGCUAGUCACUUAAGAUUGAUAGUAUUACUACUCUAGACUCUACCACUAUAUAGAGUAAGUCCGGCGCAUUCUUUGUUCGAGCGAACAGAGAAGAGGCCGCUGUAGCAGCAGCAGCAGCAUCAAGCUCAUUAUUCAUUCGCACACACUCCGCUGAAGAAAAAAGAAGCUUGUACCAUUCACCUUUCGUAUGCUAGGUCUAUUCACG